UCCGAUGCCAUGAACCUAUCUACCGCGGGGGUCACGUCGUGGCGCCGCUCCCACGAGCGCACCAGGACGCCGGCUUGGAGGUACUUUGCACACAAGGGUCGAGCUCGGACGUCGUAGCGGUGCGGAGGGCCUCGGCCGUAGCAUGCCCCGCCCCGCCGCGCAUGCCUGCGCGGUCGGUGUCCCGCAGCACCCACACCGAGUGGCCUGUCUUCAAAGUCGUCCUCAUCCUCUCCUCCUGGCUCAACGAGACCAUCAACGUCUGGAUGUUCAUAGACCUGCUCGGGUUCAUGAUGUUCUUCGACCUCACCCUGGUGCACCUCGGCCAGUACUUCACCAAGGUGUCUGGUAUGAUUGGGCACCUCUCCUGCCAUUGCUCCCUUCGUCCCCAGCUCCGGCGACCGAGCUCCAACCAGGGACGUCUAGCGCUAGCGCCCAGGACGCACGGCCCCCUGCUCCUCUAUCCUCAGCACCGAGCCCCUCCGUCCUGUUUCUGGCAGCGAAAGCCCAGCCCCUGCGGCAAGCUACCUACUCGAUGGAAUGCCCAGCCGCUUGUCGGGUCUGCGCAGCCCCUGCGCGACGUCACAAACUCCGGCAGUCAGGCGGGAUAACAAGCAGAGGUUUAGUCUGUUGGAGGAAGAUGGCGAGCUGUUGAUCCGGGCGAACCAGGGACACACA